GAGACAUUCGAAUUGGAUCGAAGAACGCACGAAAUAAAAGAAGAAGAAAACCGCCAAAAAUUGAAUACAAAUGCGAUUGUUUAUCGUUUGUGUGUAGUCUUAUGAGAGUCACAAACAAAAUCUGUAAAUCAGAGUAUAAUUCAAUUAAAAAUGCCAAAUUUGUCGGAAUCUGUUGAGGAACCGAAGGCGGAACCGUCGUUGCCGACAGCCAGAGUUCGAAUAAUAAUGAAAAGUUCAUCCGAUCCAAGUGUACCGUUGAUCAAACUCGAAACCCUUCAUCUGGUGUCGAAAGCCACGGAAAUGUUGAUCAAGACCUUGGCCAAAGAGAGCAUCGGUAAAAAUAAAACGUUGGAGUAUAAACACGUUGCCGAUUACGUUCAAUCCGACAACAAAUUGGAGUUCCUGCAUUCGAUUUUGCCGAAGAAAAUUACCGGAAAGGCGUUCAUGAAAUUGUUAAAUGAAACCGACGACUCGGAUAAAUCUGAUAAUUCUGAUGAAUCAGACAGCAGUUCAUCGAGUUCCAGCGAAGAUGACGAAUUGUCCAGUUCAGAUAGUGGUGAUAGUGCAGUGGCGGAUAGUCAAAAGGAAGAACCGGAAAAGACCGAAAAGAAGAAGUGAAAAGGCUUGUGCUAGAUCAAUAAAUAAAUCGAUUUUUUUUAUAAAA